AUGGCGUUGAUAUUACAAAAGUUAAAAGAAUGUGCAAGUGAGCACAUCGAUGAAGGAUGGGAACGAAGCCUUGAAAUAAACGAGAUGGAGGCCGUGCGAGCCCCGCUUGAUGACACACCGGUCGUGAAUUUUGGGCCGAAAGAUGAUGAUAUUGGAUCAAUCUGGACAUUACUGAUAGCCCUAGCAGGGAUUAUAGCUAUUGUCGCAAUAGUUGUGUAUUUCGCUAUAAGCAGAUGA